AUGCCAACUCGUAGGUACGUAGUGGGGAGGGCCGAUGAGGCCACUCAUCCCGACUCCAUGAGAGCCGCCUUGGCUGAAUUCCUGGCCACUAUCAUCUUCGUCUUUGCCGGCGAAGGCUCCGUUCUCGCUUUCGACAAGAUGUAUAAGGGUCGUACGACUGAUACGAGUACGACGCCUGCAAGAGUGGUGAUGGUAGCACUCGCGCAUGGGUUGGCAUUGUUUGCUGCUGUGGCAUCCAGCAUGAAUGUAUCGGGUGGACAUGUUAAUCCCGCCGUCACCUUCGGAGCUUUGCUCGGAGGAAGAAUCUCUGUCAUCCGUGCACUUUACUACUGGCUUGCUCAGCUCUUGGGUGCUAUCGCCGCUUGUCUCUUGCUCCGACUCACCGCCGGCAUGCGACCGACGGGGUUCAUGGUGGCUUACGGAACCGGAGAGCUGCGUUGCAUGAUACUAGAGAUAGUGAUGACAUUUGGAUUGGUGUACACAGUUUACGGGACAGCGGUUGAUCCGAAAAGAGGAAGCAUGGGGACGAUAGCACCGUUGGCUAUAGGGCUAAUAGUGGCGGCCAACAUCUUAGUAGGCGGGCCGUUUGACGGAGGAGCCAUGAAUCCGGCCAGGGCAUUUGGUCCGGCCCUGGUGGGUUGGAGGUGGAACAAUCACUGGAUCUACUGGGUUGGUCCAUUGAUAGGCGGUGGUUUAGCAGGUCUCGUGUACGAGUACAUGAUCAUCCCGGCUGUCGAGCCUGCGCACCAAACGCACCAGCCCUUGGCUCCGGAAGAUUACUAG